CUUUUAAUUUCUAUGAUACUACUUUCACGUCCAAAGAAAAUGAUAAAAAUAAAUUUUUUAGUCAAAUUAUGUCACAUAAAUAUAAUGUACGUUAUUAAAUAAUGAUACAAAAAGUUGAGUUUUGCGCAGAAAAUAAGUCUUGAUUUAGAAAACUGUAGAUAAAAUAGUUUACUGAACCAGUGACUACUCAAUUUCAUUGAACAACUCCAACUUUGCAAAACUACUAGUGGGCAAUAGAAAAUUCAUAUUUUCUUGAGCUCUUUUACUAAUUUUCUGGGUAUUGCUCAAUUUGAUAAAGCAGUAGUUGGGUUUAUUCAAGUUUUGACCUUUUUGUUGCUUUUUUAUAAAGAGGAUCUAAAAAAGUUUUUGUCUUGAUAUAAGUGAACAGCUGUUUUUAUUUUUUGUCCUGUAAUUUUCUUGAAUUCAGUGGUCUAAUUUUGUCUGAUUUUUAUUGAACGGUGGAUUUUGAUAAUAUGUAUUACAAGUUCUUUUGAUCUUUAUAUGACACUUUGUAGAAGCGAUUAAGCGGUGGAUUUUUGGAAGUUUUUGUACUAAGUCAACUGUUAGUUGUGGUGUUAAUUCAUCUAAUUGAAGAGAUUUUUGUGUAUUUAAUCUGUGGUUUUGUGAGAUUCUGGUUAUAUGAGCUGAGGUUGGUGACUGUUGAUUAUGAUGAUGGUGAUUCAUGGCUAGUAAGAUUGGUACAGCAGGCAAUAGAAGUGGUACUGCUGGAAUGCCAAGUUUCAUUUCUCAGAUACCUGUUUCUAAUCCCAUGGGCACAGAAGCGAACAAUAUAAAUACUUCUAGAAUGUCUGAUUUUGGGGUGCUCGAGCAAUAUCUUGGAUUCCGUAUUGGAGAUGGCGCUAAUGUUAAUCGAAGUCCGCUAUUUAAUUCAACAUCUGCAACUAAUCCAGCAGUGGGUUUUGAAGUCUCUGGAACCAUCAAUAGGAAUUUAGCUCCUUCAAAUACAAGUUUGCCUACUGCUACUCCGAGAUCUCAGACAAUGCUAUUGCAAUCAAACCUGGUUUCAGCAUCAGGCACUCAUCAUGAGAAUUGGGGAGAGUCAAACAUGGCAGAUUCUGGUUCACGCACUGAUACUUCAACUGACAUGGAUGGAGAUGAUAAAAAUCAGCUGAUUGAGGCAGGUCAAUCCAGUGAUAAAUCAAAAGAAAAAGUCUUGGAUCAAAAGACACUGCGGCGACUUGCCCAGAACCGUGAAGCUGCUAGAAAAAGUAGAUUGAGGAAAAAAGCAUAUGUUCAACAGUUGGAGAACAGCCGGCUGAAGCUAUCGCAGUUGGAGCAGGACCUUCAGAGAGCACGUCAACAGGGGAAGUACAUUUCAAACAUAGCAGAUCAAUCAAAUGGAGUGGGUGCCAAUGGGCCCUUAGCAUUUGAUGCAGAAUAUAGUCGAUGGUUAGAAGAACACAACAAACACAUCAAUGAGCUAAGGACCGCUGUCAAUGCACAUGCAAGUGAUCCUGAACUGCGAAGUAUUGUGAAUAAUGUCACUGCACACUUUGACGAGGUCUUUAGGGUGAAAGGAAAUGCAGCCAAAGCGGACGUAUUCCAUGUCUUAUCAGGGAUGUGGAAAACCCCUGCUGAACGCUGUUUUAUGUGGAUUGGUGGCUUCCGCCCGUCUGAACUUCUUAAGCUUCUAGUGAAUCAGUUAGAGCCGCUGACCGAGCAGCAGUUAGCUGGCAUAUACAACUUGCAGCACUCAUCCCAUCAAGCAGAAGAUGCUCUUUCACAAGGUAUGGAGGCGUUGCAGCAAUCCUUGGCUGAGACAUUAGCCAAUGGAUCUCCUGCUCCAGAAGGGUCAUCAGGGGAUGUAGCUAAUUACAUGGGUCAAAUGGCAAUGGCAAUGGGCAAAUUAGGGACUCUUGAAGGUUUUCUUCGUCAGGCGGACAACCUGCGACAACAAACAUUGCAACAAAUGCAUCGUGUAUUGACAACCAGACAAUCGGCCCGUGCUCUUCUUGCAAUAAAUGAAUAUUUCUCACGUCUUCGAGCUCUCAGCUCUCUCUGGCUUGCCAGACCACGAGAGCAGUAAGUAUGACAUGCAUUGCAGUAUUCUGCUCAAAAACGGGCGAACUAUUGCCAAGACACCACAUAGUUGUGGUGUACACUACUACUUUACUUUUAUACUGAAUGGUCCAGUUCUACUUGACCGUCCAUGCCGGAACUGGCCAGUGUAUGUGCUUGUGGAAGUGUAAAAUUUGUUUUUUUUUGUUUUUGUUUUCUAGGUGUUAGGAUGCUAAAAUUUUACUUUGUGAUAUAGGAACCAAUAAUGUACCCCUGAAUGUGUUUUUAGCUUUUCAAAGAAAAAGUUUAGUUAGGGAUUUUAAGCUGCAGAAUUGUAAUGAGAGAAAGUUUAUGCUUAAAUAGAUUAUACCUUGUUACCUGGAAAGUUUCUCUUCUGAGAUGUG